AUGGCUUCCAACCACGAGGAUAUGGCCAUGUCCGAUAUCGCAAAUACGCAUAUACCGCACCACGAGUAUACGUACAGGCUUCCGACCCCUCCACGAAUCGUGGUGCCUCCGCCAACCCUCACCACCGAGGUGCCUGAGCUACACGUUAGUGGGGUCGACCCCGCAGAAGGGAACGAUACCAACUUUCUAAAGGAGAUGAACUUGGAGAGCAUAAUAGCGAAGAAUACGCUGCUGGAUUGGUCAUACGAACGGCGGCGACAUGCGCAGAUGAUCCUACCGUGGCUGUACCUAGGCCCACUCACAGCCGCAAAGGAUCGCGAAUGGCUAAGGAGCGCGGGCAUUACCAUGGUGCUGGCUAUACGAUCGCGGAACAAUAGUAUGAUGGGCGCCAUGCAGAUUGCGAAGGAGGUUUGCGGCCAAGUCGAGUCCGUGGAGGCCGCCAAUUAUUCUACCUUGAUCGGCCAACUGUCGCGUACUACGAGGAUGAUAAACCAGCACGUCGCUAAGGUCAGGCGGAUGACAGAAGCGACGGGAAGCCCGCAACUUGGAAAAGUCCUCGUCUUUUGUGAGAGUGGUAACGAGAAGUCUGCGGCGGUCGUGGCGGCAUAUCUGAUGGAGAUCCUCGACGACUUCGACUUCAUCAAAAGUAUGCAGGUCUGCCAGGCCCAGCGCUUCUGCGUCAACUUUGACGACAACAUCAAGAACAUUCUUCAGAAUCAUUGGGACAUUCUUGUUGCUCGCCGCUCCGUUGCGAGCUCGAGGACAGAGCUGCUAAACUCUACCGCCCUCGCCAAUGGUUUGCAGCAGAUUACACAUCAGCAACAACAGCAGCAGCAACUACAGGCUCCUCCGAAUUCUUCGCUCAAAGUGAAGCGUUCUGUCGAGGAGAUGGACGAUGAUAUGGACAUGAGCGAUGGUGCGGAUUCUUCAGACGUGCUUCGGUUCACCGGUAGGGACGUUACACCCUUCAUGGAUUCGUGA